CUCAGUCUUACCAACUAAUCUACGCGAUCUACUUAGCAGUAUGACUCCCCGCGGUGGCAAACGACGUCGCUCAGUGACCCCUCCGCCUGGCUCAUCGCCCCCAGCCGCAGCGCGUCCCUCGCACGCGCGACGCGACUCUGAAUCGUCUCUGCCGCCUUCAUCGCCUCCUCCACCCUUUUCUGACACCGAUGAGAGCGUUGACGAGCGUGACGCCGUCAGAGAUGUGGACGACGACGCGGAAGACGAGGACGGCGAGGACCUCUUUGGGGAGCAGCUUAAUAAUGAUUAUGCGGGCAACGAUGCUUUGGAUCGCUAUUCGGACACUGGCUUGGACGACGAGGAGGACCUCGAUGAGAUGAGUAUCGCGCAGAGGCGCGCGGCCGAGGCGCAGAUGGCUGCCAGAGACCGCCGCGAACAGGGUGGCCGAAGAGGCCAACGUGCCGCGCGACGGAGUCAUAUGCCAAAUUUCUUACAAAGCGACGAUGAUAUGGACGACGUGGACGGCCACGGACUGCUCGCGGGCACGAAGAGGCGCACACGGCGGCAGUACGAUGAGCGGGUAGAGAUGGAUGAUAUGGAGGGUGUGGAGGAUGAAAUCCCACUUGAACAGCUGAGCGAUAUCAAAGCAAAAUCGAUCGUUGAAUGGAUCGCGAAUGAGCGCGUGCGCCGCUCUAUCAUUCGACAUUUCCGCCAGUUCCUGAUGACUUAUGUGGACGAGCAUGGCGCAUCUGUGUACGGUCAGCGUAUUCGCAACCUAGGAGAAAACAACUCGGAGUCUCUCGAAGUCUCGUAUCUGCAUCUCGCGUUCUCGAAGCCAAUCCUUGCGUACUUCCUAACCAAUUCACCAAGCCCGAUGCUUGCCAUCUUCGAUGAAGUAGCGUUGAACGCCAUCCUCGUGUACUACCCGUCUUACGAGCGGAUCCACUCCGAGGUGCACGUACGCAUCACGGAUCUACCACUCAGCUCGUCUCUGAGAGAUCUGCGUCGGUCCAACCUCAACACGCUCGUGCGCGUGACGGGCGUAGUGACGAGGCGGACGGGCGUCUUUCCUCAGUUGAAGUAUGUCAAGUUUGACUGCAGGAAAUGCGGUGCGGUGCUGGGUCCGUUCUAUCAGGACGCGACGAAGGAGGUGAAGAUCAGUUACUGCCCGAACUGCGAGGGCAGAGGUCCAUUCUCAGUUAAUUCGGAACAAACCGUGUACCGGAACUACCAAAAGAUGACUCUGCAGGAGUCACCGGGAUCCGUUCCUCCUGGUCGGCUGCCAAGACAUCGUGAGGUGAUCCUCCUUUGGGAUUUGAUCGACAUGGCAAAACCCGGCGAAGAAAUAGAGGUGACAGGUAUCUACCGCAACAACUUUGACGCAUCCCUUAACUCGAAAAACGGCUUCCCAGUCUUCUCGACGGUCCUCGAGGCUAACCACGUCAACAAGAAAGAAGACCAAUUCGCCGCGUUCCGCCUGACGGAGGAGGACGAGAAGGAGAUUCGUAUGCUCGCAAAGGACGACCGCAUCCGCAAGCGGAUUGUCAAGUCCAUAGCGCCCUCAAUCUAUGGGCACGAAGACAUCAAAACGGCGCUCGCGCUGUCGCUGUUCGGGGGCGUGCCGAAGGACAUCAACCGUAAGCACCGCAUCCGAGGAGACAUCAACGUGCUGCUGCUGGGCGACCCCGGUACGGCGAAGUCGCAGUUCCUGAAGUACGUCGAGAAGACGGCACACCGGUCCGUGUUCGCGACGGGCCAGGGCGCGUCUGCGGUGGGUCUGACGGCGAGCGUGCGCAAGGACCCGGUGACGCGCGAGUGGACGCUCGAGGGCGGCGCGCUGGUGCUCGCGGACAAGGGGACGUGUCUGAUCGACGAGUUCGACAAGAUGAACGACGCGGACCGGACGUCGAUCCACGAGGCGAUGGAGCAGCAGAGCAUCUCCAUCUCGAAGGCGGGCAUCGUGACGACGCUGCAGGCGCGGUGCGCGAUCAUCGCGGCGGCCAACCCGAUUCGCGGCCGGUACAAUCCGACGAUACCGUUCCAGCAGAACGUCGAGCUGACGGAGCCGAUCUUGUCUCGGUUCGACGUCCUCUGCGUGGUGAAGGACACGGUCGAUCCAGUGCAGGACGAGCUCCUGGCUCGCUUCGUGGUGGGCAGCCAUCUGCGAAGCCACCCGAAGUUCGAUGCGGAGAAGGACGAGAUAGAGGUCGGCACGACUCUAGAUGCAGACGUCAUCUCCCAGGACCUCCUGCGGAAAUACAUCAUGUACGCUCGCGAGAAGAUCCGGCCGAAGCUGUAUGACCUCGACCAGGAAAAGCUGUCGCGUCUCUUCUCCGACCUCAGGCGCGAGUCGCUGGCCACGGGCUCGUUCCCGAUCACAGUGCGGCACCUGGAGAGCAUGAUUCGGAUGGCGGAGGCGAGCGCGAAGAUGGCGCUGCGCGAGUACGUACGGGCGGACGACAUCGACCUCGCCAUCUCCGUGACCGUGGGCAGCUUCGUGAACGCGCAGAAGAUGUCCAUCAAGAGAACGCUCGAGCGGGGCUUCCGCAAGUAUUUGACGCAGGCGCGUGACCACGAGGAGCUGCUCGCCUUCCUGCUUGGCCAGAUCGUGAAGGAGAAGGCGCGAUUCUACCAGCUGCAGCGCCAUCAGCUGCCAGAAAUCAUCUCCAUCAAGACGUCCGAGCUGGACGAGCGUGCCAAGGAGCACGACAUCUUCGACACCACGCCCUUCCUGCGUUCCCGCCUAUUUACAGCAAAUGGUUACAAGCUGAAAGACGACGCGAUCGAGAAAAGCUUCACGCACGGGGCGUGAACAUGCCCUCAGGCAGUACCCGCUGUAGUCAUUUUUCCUUCACACUUGCUUAUACGAAUGUUGUCCUGUGUGCUUGUUAUAUCUGUUGUACCAGCAUAUGGGCAAUAUCAUGCCAGUGUAUUUUGAAUUCGAAAGCAUGUUGUGCGCGAGCAGUUCUCGGCUCUCAAUGUCCUUAGUUGGUACCAGGUAGUGCACUCUGCGAUACACGAACUCACGUCCAGUGAAGGUUGC